CUGUACUUUGACUUAUUCACCUCCACCAUGUUGCGCUCCGCUGCUCGUGCUGUCAAGCCCGCUACUUCAGUCCUGCGCAAGCGCGUGCUGCCCCAGGUCGCGGCACGGCGUUUCUCUCGCUCACAUGCAGUCGCAUCGGAGGUCCGCCCGACCUCGCUCGACACCUUGACGGAGGAAGAGGAGAUGCUCCGCGAGUCUGUGAGGAGAUUCGCGGAGGACGUCGUGGCCCCGAAGGUGCGCGAGAUGGACGAGAACGAAAACAUGGACCCCUCGAUCAUCAAGGCGCUCUUUGAGCAGGGGCUCAUGGGUAUCGAGACGAGCGCAGAGCACGGGGGCGCAGAGUCGUCGUUCACGUCCGCAAUCAUCGCGAUUGAGGAGCUUGCGCGGGUGGACCCAUCGGUGUCGGUGAUGUGCGACGUGCACAACACGCUGGUGAACACCGUCGUGCGCAAGUACGGCACGAAGGAGCAGCAGGACAAGUGGCUCCCCAAGCUCUCUGAGUCUAUGCUCGGCUCCUUCUGCCUGUCCGAGCCCGCGUCAGGCUCAGACGCGUUCGCGCUGCAGACGCGCGCGGUCAAGGACGGCAACGAGUGGGUCAUCAACGGCACCAAGAUGUGGAUCACGAACUCGUACGAGGCCGACUUCUUCCUCAUCUUCGCCAACAUCGACCCCAGCAAGGGCUACAAGGGCAUCACCUGCUUCAUCGCCACCAAGGACAUGGGCAUCAAGAUCGCCAAGAAGGAGCAGAAGCUCGGCAUCCGCGCCUCCUCCACCUGCUCCCUCGCCUUCGACGACCUCCGCGUCCCCGCCGAGAACGUGCUCGGGGGCGAGGGCAAGGGCUACAAGAUCGCCAUCGAGAUCCUCAACGAGGGCCGCAUCGGCAUUGCCGCGCAGAUGCUCGGGCUCGCCCAGGGCGCGUUCGACAAGGCCGUGCCCUACACCUUCCAGCGGAGCCAGUUCGGCAAGCCCGUGGGGACGUUCCAGGGCAUGAUGUUCCAGCAGGCCCAGGCGGCGGUCGAGAUCGAGGCCGCGCGCCUGCUGACCUACAACGCUGCGCGGAGAAAGGAGGAGGGCAGGGAGUUCGUGCGGGAGGCGGCGAUUGCGAAGUAUGCGGCGAGCCAGGUCGCACAGCGCGUUGCUGGCUCGGCGAUCGAAUGGGCGGGCGGUGUCGGCUUCACGCGAGAGACCGGAAUCGAGAAGUACUGGCGUGACUCAAAGAUUGGUGCGAUUUACGAGGGCACCUCGAACAUUCAACUACAGACUAUCGCCAAGUUCAUCCAGAAGCAGUAUUCAUAGGACGUCCUGUGCCUGCAUCUACAUCUCUACUCCCCAUAUCAAGUUUGUCGUUAGGUAGCAAGCAUCAGAGUGAUUGUACACAUACCAUACCAA